CAUAAAUACAUACAUACAUACACACAACACACAAGACGCAGAUCCAGAGCAUUAUCGUAAUCGCAACGCCAUCUUGACUUCAUCUCGACGAUCUAAUGCUUUUAUCGUUCUCAGAUGAUCGGGUCAAACCUUGGUUUUGAUGGAUUUUCUCAACACCGGUUCUGGUAUUGGAAUUGUUGGCCCGGUGAUGUUGGUCCUUUCUUUGAGGGCAUGGUGAUGUGCUUGCGUCGCGUGACGGGGGUUUGUGCCGUUUGGGGUUGGGGUUGGUUGUUGGGUAGAGGGUUAGACUUUGGUAUUAGGAAUAGUUAAGUAUAAUCUGGGGAGGUAUUAUAGUUGAGAACUGGGGUUGGAAUAGUUGGAUUUGAUGUUUCAGUUACUGGAGUACCUUGGUAGGAUCAGA